GUGGCGCGGGCGGGCCGACGUGCCAUGGCGGCUAGCAGAGGCGGGCGGUGGCCCCAUCAGCCGUCCGGGUGGCGGGUGGCGGCGGAUGGCGGGCCCGUCCCUCCUCUGCGCCGCCCCGCCCCCGGCUGAAGGUCAGCGCGCUUUGUUCCCGCCGCCUGAGAGCGCACGCGAAGCCGCGCAGGCGGUUCCCUGAGGGGACAAGGCCUUCCCAGCGAGGUAGGGGACAAAGACGUUCAGAUGGCAGAAAACAGUCUUUCAGAUGGAAGCCCUGCAGAUUCUGCGGAAGCUGCUAAAAAUGCCAGUAAUACAGAAAAGCUCACAGACCAGGUGAUGCAGAACCCACAAGUGCUGGCAGCUUUGCAGGAACGUCUUGAUAACGUCUCUCACACUCCUUCUAGCUACAUAGAAACUUUACCCAAAGCCGUCAAAAGGAGAAUUAAUGCUCUGAAGCAGCUCCAGGUAAGGUGUGCACACAUAGAAGCCAAGUUCUACGAGGAAGUUCACGACUUGGAAAGGAAGUAUGCAGCCUUGUACCAGCCUCUUUUUGACAAGAGAAGAGAAUUCAUCACUGGUGACGUGGAGCCCACAGACGCAGAGUCAGCGUGGCACAGUGAGAAUGAGGAAGAAGAAAAGUUGGCUGGAGAUAUGAAGAAUAAAGUAGUUAUAGCAGAGAAAGAAGCAGCAACAGCAGAAGAACUGAACCCCAAAGGCAUCCCUGAGUUCUGGUUCACCAUCUUCAGAAAUGUAGAUAUGCUUAGCGAGCUGGUUCAGGAAUAUGAUGAACCGAUCUUGAAACACCUGCAAGAUAUUAAAGUCAAGUUUUCAGACCCCGGGCAGCCUAUGUCUUUUGUGCUAGAGUUUCACUUUGAACCCAACGACUACUUCACCAAUCCUGUCCUGACGAAAACAUACAAGAUGAAAUCAGAACCAGACAAGGCUGACCCGUUUUCUUUUGAAGGUCCUGAAAUUGUGGACUGUGAUGGGUGUACAAUUGACUGGAAGAAGGGGAAAAAUGUCACAGUCAAAACCAUCAAGAAAAAGCAGAAGCACAAGGGCCGGGGCACCGUGCGAACCAUCACCAAACAAGUGCCCAAUGAGUCCUUCUUCAACUUCUUCAGCCCCCUGAAAGCCUCUGGAGAUGGAGAGUCUCUGGAUGAAGAUUCCGAGUUCACCUUAGCCUCUGACUUUGAAAUUGGGCACUUUUUCCGUGAGCGAAUCGUGCCACGGGCUGUCCUCUACUUCACUGGGGAGGCCAUAGAGGACGAUGACAAUUUUGAAGAAGGCGAGGAGGGAGAAGAGGAGGAAUUGGAAGUUGAUGAGGAGGGAGAAGAGGAGGACGAUGCUGAUGUUAACCCCAAGAAAGAACCCAGCCAGCCAGCGGAGUGCAAGCAGCAGUGAGAAGCAGCGACCCUGAGGGGCCGCCUUGUGGACGGCUGUCAGGACCCCAGGCCGCAGGCAGGGGCCCUAGUCCCUGCCAAAGCAGAAUUUUGUUGACAGUGCUGUGACAUCUAACCAUUUCCAAGUGCAUGAUCCCUCUCCCCUUUCCCUUCUUACUUUGCUUAACUUGUACAGUGGAGACUGGGCUGCCGUUCAGAAUAGAUUUAGUUGUAGCACCUGUGGCCUUGGUGCCUGAAGACCACGUAGGGUAGGCUGGGGUUGUGCCUGGGAUUGGCAGAGCCUGGUGACCUGUGCACGCGGCCCUCCCCUACUGAAGAGGCCCCGUGGUUUCCAGCUACUGAACUUGGUGGGAAGCUGCUCCAGCUGCUGUACCCUAGUCAUCUCCCAAGCACUGUAGAGGAGGCUGUGCUCGCCUUAGAGCUUUUCUUUUCUCCCCCCCCCCCCCCCUUGAGUUUUGGUUUCAGGGCUGCGUGGGUUGUGGCACACACCUCUGAGGCCAGAGCUGUCUGGUUCACCCUUGUACUUAUUUAUUCACUUGUGCUUGGGGGGGCUUUGAACUUCACUGUCCUCCUCCUCUCACUUAUGAGACCAUGUUGCUGACUUGACCGGGAGGAUGUGAUAUCAAGUGGAAUGAGUGAGGUCUAUGGAGGAAACCCCGCUGCCUCCUGCCGCUAGCUGCUCUGUGCCAUGCAGACCACGUGUUAUUGUCGCCUCUGGAGGGUGCCAGGCUGUAGCCGGGGGCCAAAGCCCUCCCUCACUAGGGAUUGCUGGCCUGUAGAGCAGAGCUUCAGCUUGCACUGUGCACACCAGGGCCACACCUGGGUUUGGUGACCAGUUGGUGGUUGGUGUGUGUAUGGCAUUUCUGAGUGUGUGGUUGUGGUCUUUGGCAGCCAGGACAGCCAUGUCCACAGUGACCAGCCAUAUAGAGCGUGCUCAGCCUUACCCGAUAACACAUUUGUAACUGAAUACGGUGUUUUCGAUUUGUACAGAAUAGUUAGAAUAUUCUAUUAAAGUUGUGAAACACGAA